AUGCUUCUGAGCAUACCAUGGGAUCAAUCAUUGCUAACGUUGCUAACAUAUCUUGAUACCCAUCCAAUAGCUACGAUAUUCACCAUUAUUUUAACCAUUUUAACAAUUGGAAUUUUAUUUGAUUAUUGUCUAUCACCUAAAGAGAUUGCCAAUAUUUUCAGUAUUCCUGGAGAUUUGCCAUUUAUUGGUCAUUUACAUUUAAUACUAGAUAAUCCAGCAUUGAUUUAUUUAACAUGGUAUAAAUUAUAUAAUAAACUGGUUUUUCAAAUUCGUAUUGGAAAUAAACGUGUAGUUGUUGUUAAUUCAUUUGAUGAUGUUGUUGGAUUAUGGAUAAAUCAUAGUUGUCAAAAUAAUUCAAGACCUUUAAGUUAUACUUUUCAUGGAUUAGUUUCAGCAUUACAAGGUUUUACAGUUGGUUCUACUCCUGCAAGUUUAACAUUUCUGAGAAAGAAGAAAGUUAUUUCACUGUGUUUAAGAAAGAAAGAAAUUGAUGAAAAAGUAUGUCUCAUAGAUAAUGAAAUUUGUGUUAUGAUUAAAGAAAUAAUUAAAAAGAAGGAUAUAUCAACUGAUGUAAAUAUGUUACCUUAUUUACAAAAAUUCAUAUUAAAAACAGCUAUUCUUAUGAGUUAUGGAAUUGAAUUGGAUUGUUAUAAUAAAGAUGUUAAAUUAUGUCAAGAGAUUAUCACCGUGGAGAAUAAUAUCAUAAGAUUAAGAUCACCAAUAUCUAAUCUUCAAGAUUCUGUACCUUUCUUAAGACUAAUACCAUGGUUUAAUAAUCGAGAAUUUGCCCUUCGUUGUGGAAAUAGAAGGAAUAAAUAUAUGGAUCAAUUAUAUAAUAGGUUACAAAAUGGAUUAGCUGAAAAUGAUCCAAAUAUAGCUAAUAGUAUUCUUGGACAAUUAAUUCUUAAUAAUGAUAAUAAUAAUUCUAACAGCUUAACUAGUCAAGAAAUACAAAGUAUUUGUUUAACAUUAGUAAGUGCUGGAUUAGAUAAUACCCCACUUAAUUUGAAUUAUCUUAUUGGAAUAUUAUCACAACCAAGAAUAGGUAAGAUAUUUCAAGAUAAAGCUAUAAAAGAUAUUUUAAAUCAUGCAAAUGGAGAUAUUAUUCAAGCAUGGAAUCAACUGAAUGAAGAAAAUCGAGAUUGUAAAUAUAUUCAAGCUUUAAUUCUUGAAACUUUAAGACAUUUUACAGUAUUACCAUUAAGUUUACCUAGAUUAACUACAAAACCAAUAUAUUAUAAAAAUUUUAUGAUUCCUAAAAAUACUCAUAUGUUUAUGAAUGCAUAUUCUGCAAAUCAUGAUGAAUUAAUAUUCAAAAAUCCAUUUAAAUUUGAUCCAGAAAGAUGGUUAGAUUCAGAAACUAAUGAAAUUAAAUCAAAAAUACUUGCUACUACUUCUUCGUCUUCUUCUUCGACACAUCAUGGUGGUGGAAAUGGAAUAAAUGUACAGAAUUUUCAUUUUGCAUUUGGUGCUGGAUCAAGAAUGUGUUCAGGUUAUAAUCUAGUUAUGAAAGAAAUGUAUAUGAUGAUAAUUAAAUUAUUAUUAUUAUUUGAAAUUAAUCCUCCUGAUAAUAAUAAUAAUAAUGGGAAAUAUUUAAUGGAAAUGAAUCCUUUUGUUAAUAAUCUGAAUCCUAGAGGUACUUCAUUUGAACCACGAAUACAUAAUAUUAAAUUACAAUAUAGAAAACUACCUAAUUAUGAAACUCUACACGAAAUAGUUCUCAAAUAG